GCCGCCGCCGCCGCCGCCGCCAUGUCCAUCUUCACCCCCACCAACCAGAUCCGCCUCACAAACGUGGCCGUGGUGCGGGCUCGGCGCGGCGGGAAGCGCUUCGAGAUCGCCUGCUACCGCAACAAGGUCAUGGGAUGGCGCAGCGGAGCGGAGAAAGAUCUGGAUGAGGUCCUGCAGACACACACAGUGUUUGUCAACGUUUCCAAAGGGCAGGUGGCGAAAAAGGAAGAUCUGGUCCAAGCAUUUGGGACAGAUGACCAAACAGAAAUCUGCAAGAUGAUCCUGUCCAAGGGGGAGCUGCAGGUGUCAGACAAAGAGAGGCACACGCAGCUGGAGCAGAUGUUCCGGGACAUCGCCACCAUCGUGGCCGACAAGUGUGUGAACCCCGAGACCAAGAGGCCAUACACAGUCAUCCUGAUAGAGAGAGCCAUGAAGGACAUUCACUACUCUGUCAAACCCAACAAGAGCACAAAGCAGCAGGCACUGGAAGUGAUCAGGCAGUUGAAGGAGACGAUGCAAAUCGAACGUGCUCACAUGAGGCUGAGAUUCAUCCUUCCACUUAAGGAGGGCAAGAAACUGAAAGAGAGGCUCAAGCCUCUGAUUAAAGUUAUUGAGAGUGAAGACUUCCAUGAGCAGCUGGAAAUUGUGUGCCUUAUUGACCCUGGCUGCUUCAGGGAGCUGGAUGAGCUGGUCCGCAGCGAGACCAAAGGCAAAGGAGCUCUGGAAGUGCUCAGCCUGAAAGACGUGGAGGAAGGAGACGAAAAGCUGGAGUGAUGGAAGCAGCACCCUGCAGAAGCCCUGGCCUCAGCCCCUCUCUUCUCUUAGGCCUUCAUGGUUUUUUUUUCCCCCAUCUCUUGCUGCCAAAUACAUUCUGACACUGAUCCCUUGGGAUUUGUCCAUGCAGUGGGGGUUGGUUGGGGUGGUUUUUGUUCUUCUAACUCGUGUGACACUGGCUUGGUUUGCAAAUGGCUUUGCCUGGGGGAGCCUUUUGUGUCAGGGCUGUGUGAAAGAGUUUGUAACAUGGCAGGGAGGUUGGCCCAGCUUUGGUUUGCUUGGAGGGUUGCUGUUGCAGAGUGUUUGGUCGCCACGCUGCCAGCUGGUUUUACGGCAAAUCGUCAGGCGUGGAGUGGAAGGUGGCAUAG